CUAUCUAUCUAUCUAUCUAUCUAUACUGAAAAUUGAAAUGUCUGAUGCCGAAGAGCAUGCAGAUGCAGCAGACUAUCCCAAUGGCGAAUCUCCUCCAAAGCAUCCAAAGAGGUUCAGAGACAGAUCUAAGGAGAUGUUGUCCAAAAAAGCUGUGCACACCAAGCAAAUGCUAUCCGAACAGGCUGUGAAGAUUGCCAAACAAGCUGAGGAACACGAGAGGUUCAUCAACAAGGUGACGCAUCUCGUUGGCGUCCUCGGUUUUGGGGGGUUUUGCUUCCUUUUAGGGGCAAGACCCCAAGACAUUCCCUAUGUAUAUUGUGUGUUCUACGUCAUCUUUGUUCCUCUGCGUUGGAUAUACUACAGGUUCAAGAAAUGGCAUUACUAUCUGCUGGAUUUUUGCUAUUAUGCCAAUACAAUAUUCUUGGUUGAUCUUCUUUUUUACUCAAAAAAUGAGAAGCUUUUCAUGGUUUGUUUUGCUUUUGCUGAGGGGCCCUUAGCAUGGGCUUUGAUUGUUUGGCGCUGCAGCUUGGUUUUCAGUUCUGUUGACAAAAUUGUCAGUGUUCUUAUCCAUCUUUUACCUGGUUUGGUUUUCUUUACUAUUCGAUGGUGGGAUCCUGCAACCUUCGAAGCCAUGCAUCCAGAGGGGACUGCUAGAAGACCUACGUGGCCUUACAUUGAAGACAAAUCAUUUCUCUGGACAUGGCUGUUUCUGGUACCCUUGGUAGCUUACACAUUGUGGCAGGUUCUGUACUUCCUCAUCGUCAAUGUUUUGCGUAGGCAAAGGUUUUUAAGAGAUCCCGAAGUGAUGACUUCCUACAGGGAACUCUCAAAAAAGGCUCAAAAAGCAAACAACAUAUGGUGGCGUUUAAGUGGGUUGCUAGGGGAUCAAAAUCGCAUGCUAAUGUACAUUUUUCUUCAAGGAAUAUUUACAGUGGCAACCAUGGCACUGGCUGUGCCAAUAUUCUUGUCAUAUGAGUUGCAUGUAGUUUUCCAGAUACUGAAGGUUUCAGCCGCAAUAUGGAAUGGUGGAAGUUUUCUGUUAGAAGUAAUGCCAAGACAGGCAAUUCUUAAGGAGAAAAAGAAAUCAGAGAUGCAACCUGUUGAAGCUCAAUCCAACACUAACACUGAUGGAAAAAUGUUAUCAAGUUAAAACAUUCAAUCUUCUUCUCACUUCUCAAUCCUUACUCAACUCUUCAAUCUAUGUAUAUUUUCUUCAA